AUGUACCCAGCGACCAUGAUGCAUCAGCAUUACGAUCCAACCCAGCGAGAAUGGUUUCGACGGUCCGUGCAACAUCCUAGCAAAGUUGUUUUGACUUCGCCAAAUUUGGACACGUCCGGUCUCGGGUAUUUUGUGACAAUGAGUCACACGCUUUAUGAUGGUAAAGACGCCGCGAUGCACCAUGUUAACGACCCGGUGGUGGCGGUGAUCGGUGUCGACAUUCCGUUGAACUUCUGGCAUCGGUUUCUGAAGCAGAAUUUGAAACUGUGCCGAGAGCAGUCCAUCAGUUGUUUUCUCUUUGAUGACCACGGGUUUAUCGUAGCUUACGGGAAUUACGUAACUGGUGAGGAUUUGAUCCGUCGUUCAGAGGGUAUGCACAUUACUCACAAGGAGCCCGCAAUAGCUAGCGAAGUACUUCAGUAUCGCAGUUUUGUUCGCAAGGUAGUUUGCAGGCGUUACGAGGACCAAACUCUUCAACGCGUUUACAUCUUCAACAGCAGCUAUGAAGACGUGAUACGCAGCAACGACGGCUGUUUGCACUUCCAGAUCGCACCGGUGCCGCUGACCAACGUUUUUCUGGCCGUGGUCAAUCGAUCCUGUCAUCGGCCAACGGCGUUUUGUCCUUGCUCAGUCACUGACCGCCGCUGCCUCAACUGCUACCGCUCAGAACCGACCGAGUGCGAGUGCCCGUGCGAAUGCCCCUACACAUCAAGUCACUGCACCAGCGAUUUUCUUCACGGAUUACAUAACAUCCAGUACCCGAUGUGUGAACUGAACACUUUUCGCAGUUUUCAUUCUGAUUAUGAUUUCUUCCAGUGGUCGAGCGUUGACCUUCAUCAGUGCUUGAACACGAACUGCAUGGAGUACAACUCUGAAAGCUCAUGCUCAGCGGUCAUCGGCUGUGAAUGGUGUAUCUACAAAUACGACCAUUCAACACCGCUUCAGAACCCAUACUGCGCGUCGGUCCAUGUUUGUUUCGCUGGUGUUCAAGGGUUGUCCCCUCUUGGACUUAGUGAGACUGAACUGCUUGGCGAUGCUUUUAUGGCAUCAUCGACUCCUAUUGGUCCGGUAGCUGGUGGAAUUAUGGGCGUUUUUGUGCUUCUUGUGGUCGGUGUAUACUGGUACCGUCAUCUGGUGACGAAUAUCAUGAAUAGAUUGAACAGCAGUUCUGGGUCGCGAUUAAACAGUAACGAUGAAUUGGAAGAGGAGUUUCAUUUCGACGACGGUGGGGUGUUAGGUAGCCCGCAGGUGCAGCCACAGCUGAAGAAUAUGCCACCCCCUUCCCAAAACGGUGUUGGCCUGUUGUUGGCGUCCUUCGAGCGUCAGAACCUAGUUCUUCCGGCACCUCGGGCGAGGCCAAGAUGGCGACCCGGUCCGCGAACCGAAUCGUCUGACCCGGGCUAUUCGACGAUGACCGGCAACUGUGACGAUUCAGAACAAACGACUACCGUCGAUCUGCUACUUCCCGGCAUUGCCGGUACCAAGAAGGUUCCCAGACCGAAUCGACACAGUGCUCCUAUAAGCAAUCCUGAUGACUGCCACAAUGGCCGCGAUUUUUCGGCAAAAUCUGCUGGCCUAUUGCACACCGACGCAAAAGUAAUGGUAUCCUUUGAUUGCUGUGCUAUUCCAAAGGAUACUCGGGAAUUGAUGUCCGAUGAUGACUUUGGCAAGCAGAUCGCCGUCGACGACUCGACGACCACAACUGCAUCAUCGGAACAGACGACCGUCGAUGCCGAUGCAGUGACUGGUAUCAACAAUGAGUUUGUCAUUCAGGCUCAGAUCCACUCCUCCGCUUGA